AUGCUUUUACGAAGUUUUCUUGCGAUCGGGAGCCUACUGUCGCUAGAAGCUUCGGCUUCGGUGACCAUUCGCAAGACAGGCCGUGGUCCCACUGGCUACGAGGUCGACUUUUGCUAUGUCAACGCAACUGCGCAGCGGGUGCUAAUAGGAGGCGGAAUUCAACCUUUCACCGACCAGUUCCACACAACAGGAACGUCGUACCGCUUCAACGGCCGCUAUGAUCCCCACGACUACCAGCCGGGCGACUUUUAUGUCAGCAAUCCUUCACCUCAGCUCCCAGCAGAACCGCUAUACAGGUGGCCAUAUGAGAUGAAGUCCUCGGAUGAUGGUGUAUGGACAUACACAACACCCCUCCCAAGCGGCAUCUACAGCUUUGCGUAUCUCGUCAACUGCAACUACGCACCCAACUGCAGCAUCGACACAGGCCAUCUCGUCAUCGACCCAGACCUCCCGCCAUUUCAAAACGUCCAAGGCGAUCAAGUAGCCUCCAGCUUCCAGGUCCCCUUCGAUGACAAAUUUCAGGCCUCACCCGAACUCAACACCAACUUUGACUACGCUCUCGACGCACCAGAAGGUCACCGUGGUGUAGUCAAACCAGCAAACUACACCUCCCCCGGAUCGAUCCAUCCGGCCCCUGACAUCCACGACUUUUCCAUCUACCUCCCAGCCGAAUACGGAACCAUCCCCGAGAAGAGAUACCCCCUCCUCUAUCUCUCCCAUGGUGCAGGCGGCAACGGCGCCGACUGGGAAAACCUCGGACGAAUGAGCCAUGUGAUGGAUAACCUCAUCCGCCUGAAGCACAUCCCCCCAACCGUGGUGGUCACCCCCUCCUUCUACAACCUCGACGCUUCAGGAGGCAAGUUCAUCUACGGCAACAGAUCCCACAGUGUCCCCAUCCCUCCCGCACCUUACGUUCGCGAAAACUUUGAGAAAUACCUCUUCCCCUGGGUCGAACAAAAUUACGAAGUCUGCCAAAACGCAAGCUGUCGCGCCUUUGCGGGGUUGUCCAUGGGCGGUGUUCUCACGUACGAGAUGUUUGUCAAUGCCACCGACAUGUUUGACUACUUUGGGAUGUUUUCCCCUGCUACCAACACGCCGUAUAUCGAUGCGUCUUCUGCGGUACAAAACCCGGGGUUGUUGAAGAAGGGGAUCAUGGUUGCUUAUGGACUCUACGAUUUUGUGUUCCCUCAGGCGAGGGAGCUGCAGACUGCGUUGGAUGCGGUGGGGAUACGGUAUAUCAAUCGGGUUACGCCGUUUGGGAGUCAUUAUUGGAAUACGUGGCAGGAUGAGCUUUGGUGGUUUGGGGUUAAGGUGCUGUGGAAGCCUUUGCCUUUUGGGGUGGGGACUGGGAGAGUAAGGGCGAAGGGUUGA